AUGUCUUCAUGUACAGAGUAUAUUGCUCCAUCUAUGAAGACUACACAUUCCAGCAAUGGGAGCUUCUAUGAUAAAGUUGGAACAGCUGACCAACCUAGCUUUUCCUUCACGGCUACUACUCCAGAGCCAUAUAUGGGGAUAACCGAGUCAAUGCCUGUUCCUGACUGGAUUUCCAAGAAUUUGUCUUUCAUCACGGAGACAGAAGAUACUCCGUCCCUAUCAUCAUCAUCAUCAUUUGACUUCACGAAUGCCCUAAUGGACGAAUUCCCCAGCUGGGAAGACAUAUCCUACCACCCAUCGAACUAUGUGUGUUCUACCAAUAGAAAAGACUUUUCUGAGUCCUUCGAGCCUCAUCACUUGGCCGACAUCUCCUCUGUGCCAUGGCCUCCUUGGCCUUCUUGGCCGCCCAACAACUUAGAUCAGCUGCUCCCUACUACAGAAACUCCUCUUGAGGCCCGCAUUCCAAUAUUUCCGGAAUACCAAACAAGCGAUUGGCAAGAGAAAGUGAAUAAUCAAACGAGGAAACCCGUGAAACCAUCCUCUGUGCCUUUCGAUCAUCUCCAACCCCUCACAAAUGAGAUGAUCCAUUCAAUGCCCAUGACCAGCAGCACACCCUGCUUUGCGACAGCGACAUCCCCGAUCGCCAUAUCAGUACCGGUCUAUCAAGCCUCUGGAAUGCCCUUUGAGACCUAUGAUAUCCAGCCAAGCACAAGCCUAGAAUCAAGCAAUACACUUACCUCUCUGCACCUAAAGACCGAACCCGCACUCACCAGAAACGUCGACUCCCGAGUUCCAAUCGUGGAAACGCGAUUCCCAACCAAUCAGCAUCAGCAUCAGAAUCAGCAUCAAUAUCAACAUCAAAACUCCCAAACCCAAACUCAUUCUCAUUUUAAUACUCAUGCUCAGCCCCAACCCCAACUCCGAUUCACUCCUCCCAAACGUCUAGAAGCAAGCCUCCACCCCAUAGACAGAAGCAAUGCCUUCCUGAUAGAUUGCAAACGCCGCGGCCUAUCCUACAAAGAUAUUAAGCGCAUCGGCAACUUCAAAGAAGCAGAGUCCACACUUCGAGGCCGCUUCCGGACUCUAACAAAAUCCAAAGACCAGAGAGUCCGAAAGCCAAUUUGGUUAGAGAAAGACGUAAGUCCUUCCCGUUUCUGUUUCCUUUUUCUUGUGCCAGAAGAAAAGAACCCAGCUGAUAUAGUAUUGAUACAGAUUCAACUUCUCUGUAAGGCUGUUGGUAUUUGCGAGAAGGCAGGAUCGGAGUCAUUGGAUGAAGACGAUAUGGGAUGGUCUUCUGAUAUACUCGAGGGGCAUCGUCAAUACCCACGUCUGAAUAAAAGCCAGCCCCCGAAGGUGUCGUGGAAGAAGGUUGCGGGGUAUAUUUCGAAACAUGGGGGAUCGUAUCAGUUUGGGAAUGCGACAUGCAAGAAGAAGUGGUGUGAGAUUCAUGAUAUCCCUAUUUGA